GUCAUCAGGCAGCAUUCUUCCAGAGUAUAACUUCACUCCAAGCACUCUCGUAUACAUCCAUUCUAAGGACUACAAAUCUAGAUAAAAUAAAUCAGAAAAUAUGACCUCCACUGCCGUUAUCGUUUUGAUUGCAUCCCUGGCUGCCUGUGCCGCAGAUGUCUCUCAUUUGUCCCGCAGCUAUUUGCCGCCCCUGAGCGGUGCUGCUGGAUAUUCGUAUUCACCGUAUUCCUCGUACUCGGGUAACUCGGCCUAUUCCAGCGGUGGCUACUACUCUGGUUCUGGAUCUGGCCUGGGUCUGGGACUUGGCUCUGGUUACGGUUCCCCAUUGGUCACUUCCGGUUAUAACAGCUAUGCUUCUGUGCCGCAGUAUAACAACUAUGCCACGCCCUCUCGCGCCUAUCUGCCAGCUGCGACAAACUAUGGAGGUCUUGACACCAAAUACGCUGCCAAUGGUGGUUAUAUCUAUUAGAUAACUUCACCAUUCCUUGGGACACUUUGAUUCAAUUAAAUAUGCAUAUGCAACAAGUGCCACAAAUUCUAUUCUAAUACCUUUUUUUUUUAUAUAACUAUAGAAAUUACAUCUUUGCAUUAUCAUUUGCUUUAAAGCUCGAAAUAUAUAUAUAUUCUCCUAA